UUCUUCUUCUUCUUCUUCGCUGGCUAAGUCAGUUUCGUGUUUACGUCGGCUCCAGUACAGCAACGACGACGACGACGACACUUUUUGUGUUGUGUCAUCGAAAAACAUAAAUCUAUUUUCCUUUCCAUCCUGGAGGGAGGCUCGCUUUUCUGUGCUUGUUUGGCCCGAGAUGCUCGUUUUUUUGCCUUUAGCAGUCAGUUAGCCUGCCCACUAGCAUUCGGGCGACGGGACCACACACACUGCGGGCGCCAUGGCGGACGGCAUCAUGAGCAAAGCGGCCACCAUGGAGAUCCCCAUCAACAGUAACGGCGACACGGGCGCGCUCGCGGAGGACGACGGCCUGGAGCAGGCUGCAAAUCCGCGGUGGCGUUUAGCCGAGAAGGACCUGCAGCAGGUGAUGGUGUCGGGCCCAAACCUCAACGAGACCAACAUCGUGUCGGGCGGUUACGGCGGCACGGCGGAGGGAAUCAUCCCCACUGGAUCCAUCAAAGGCCCGGCUGUGCGCUACAACGCCGACUUUAACAAACGGAUCCCAGUCCCAGGAUUAGGUCCCGGCAUGCAUCACAGCAGCAGCAGCUCGUCCGUGGCGGCGGAGGAGCCCACCCGGGGCGUGGCGGUGGAGAAACUGGAGACCGUCAAGAAGUGGGGUCUCAACACUUACAAGUGCACCAAGCAGAUGCUCUCGGAGCGCUUCGGGCGUGGUUCGCGGACCGUGGACCUGGAGCUGGAGGCCCAGAUUGAGCUGCUGCGGGACACCAAGCGCAAAUAUGAAAGCGUGCUGCGACUGGCGCGAGCGCUCACCAAUCACUUCUACAACAUGGUGCAGACGCAGCACGCGCUGGGCGACACCUUCGCGGACCUCAGCCAGAAGUCGCCGGAGCUUCGGGAGGAGUUUGGCUACAACGCGGAGACGCAGAAGCUGCUGUGCAAGAACGGCGAGACCCUGCUGGGCGCCAUCAACUUCUUUGUGUCCAGCAUCAACACGCUGGUCAACAAAACCAUGGAGGACACGCUCAUGACCAUCAAGAUGUACGAAAACGCCAGGUUGGAAUUCGACGCGUACCGGUCGGACUUGGAGGAGCUGAGCUUGGGGCCCCGGGACGCGGCGGCUGUGGCCCGCAUUGACGCCGCGCAGCAGCAGUACCAAGUCCAGAAGGACAAGUACGAGCGACUGCGCUCCGACGUCACCGUCAAACUCAAGUUCCUGGAGGAGAACAAGGUAAAGGUGAUGCACAAGCAGCUGUUGCUCUUCCACAACGCCAUCUCGGCCUACUUUGCCGGCAACCAGCAGCAGCUGGAGCAAACGCUCACGCAGUUCAACAUCAAGCUGAAGCCGCCCGGCGCCGACAAGCCGUCUUGGCUGGAGGAGCAGUGAGGACGCCUACCUUAACAUCCCCGCCCCGCUCAAAUGCGACGACGCGAGAAGGCCAGUUUCCCGAAACUUUCGGGCUGAUUGCUAUCAAAACACUACCCAAUCAAAAGGGGACAUUUUCAAUCAGUGUACAUAGCAAAUGUGUCUUUUUUUUUUUUUUUUUUAGUUGAAAAUGCAACAUUUUUAAAAAUAAUUUCUAGUCAGGCAUGACUUAGCCAACAUGCUAUUUUGUGGCCCAAACCGUUUUUGUCUUGUAAUAUUAUUACAAUGUUUUUUUUUUUGGUGUGGGGGGGUAUUAAGAUUCAAAGGAUCCGCGGCAAACAUUUGCUAUCCAGCGCGGCGUUUCCCAAUCCUUUGUAAGCCCAGAUAAUACAUAUUUUGCACAGAAAUAUCUCACUCCGCCAAACAAACAAAAAAAAAAGUCGCCGCGUGUAAAGCGAACCCGUCGAUUGCAGGGCGAGGCUGAACUCCGGAGCUACUUUGAAGUUUACGUUCAGACUAAGGACAACAAAAGACAAUUCGAAAUUUUAAACUUUGAACCAAACUAUAAUUUCUCAAACAAAAGCGUGCUGGCUAAAUGCUAACAUAUGACACAAAACGCGAGAGAAAGGCUUGUGGAAGUUAAGAUAGAUGUGAGGGUACUGCUAGUAAACCCCCCCCAGAUUUCCAUAGGGAAAAAAAAUCCUAAAAAAUAACAAGCAGAAAAUCAGCGAAAAGACAAUUUAAAUAAGCGGGGUGGGGGGGGUAAACGCAGAUAUGGUUUAAAAAAAAAAAAAAAAAGGUGGGGGAGGCUGGCAGUGAAUAUUGUUCUGUAAUGUCACAUAGGUGCCACAAGGUGGCACCAAAGCAACAAUUUUUGCUUUUGCCGCUGCACGAAAAAUGAAUAAGAGGAUUUCGGAAGAAAAGAGGAAAGCUUGGCGAAAAUAUUGGAUGGACAAAUCAGCAAAUCCUGCUACUUGACACACACGGAGCAGUGACUCAUACAAAGAAAAUCGCUUCUGCCAUCUAGUGGUAGUGCGUGGAAGUGUUGUACCUCUCACAAUUUGUCACCGGCAAGGAGAUAUAUAUAUAUGUAUAUAUAUAUAUAUAUAUAUAUAUGACCUGAAAGGUAUUUUUAAUAAGCAAAUCAGUGACAUUGGGGGAGGGGGGAAGUGGAUUUCUGCAGCAGAAUGGUUGCGAAUCAUUGAAUUAUCCUAACGCCAGCUCAACGGAUGAUUUUAAAAUGAGGAGCGCUCGGCGCAAUCGGUCGCCAGUUGCUUGAUUCUGUGCAAGAGGGGACGCGUCCCCCAAAAUCCUUGAAUAGACUGAAAGAUGUCAGAAAAUUGCUGUUUGACGGCAAGAUAUUGUUGAUGAACGCACCUAAAAAUAGCUCAUAUUUAAUGAAUAUGAAAAAAAAAAACGAGAUCUUUGGUUUUUGUACACUGGAACCUGAAGUGAUGUUGUCAUGUUGUGGAUGAUGAAGGAUCAGGCCGACUGCCAAAAAUAAAUCAUCUUCAAAUCUU